AUGCUUAUCUACAGGAUCGUGCUUGUCUUUUUGCUAAAUUCUAACGGAAUCUUUUCUCUCGAUCUGCCUGAGGAAAAACCAGUACAAAAGACAGAAAACUUGGCCAUAGGAGCCUGCAGUCAAUAUGAUGCCGAAUUUUGCUCUAGACAGGUGGAGAAUAGUGUCUGUAAUCAAGUGAAAAAUGAAUGUUUUUGCCGUAAAGGAUUUGUUGCUAUUCGUGAAAAUGGUCGCGUUACGUGCAAAACAUUAUUAACUGAUUUAAAAUGUCGAGUUGAUCGUGAUUGCGUACAUCAUGAUACUGUACAAUAUGAAGGAAUUUUAGAAGUUCUUGUGAAUAAUUCACUACGUAAUCCUAGUAGAGAUAAAGUUAUCCCCCUUAAAUGUAUAUCCAGGAUUCCUAACCGACCAAUGAUUUCAGCAAGCAGGACUCCACAAACAAUUGCUACAAUGAAUCCGUCAGCAACCCUAACCCGUCCACAGAUAAGUCUGCGUAUACUAAAUGAAAAGAAUAAAGAAAUCCUAUCAGCAUUUGCUGGUUCACGAAUACGCUUGGAUGCGUUGUUACUUAACCCCUCAGGAAUGUACAAAAAGAUAUCGGCUGAAUAUUGCUACGGGAAUAACAGAUCUAUUCAUUCUGAGUACUCAAAGAAUGAAAAAGGCACUUUACUAAUAGACCAAAGGUGUGCAAAUAAAAAUGCAUUACUAAACGCCAAGUUUUCGAAUACUGGUUUGUCAAAUGAUCAUUUGCAGACAGGAAUGUUUCCAGCCUUUCGACUGGGCAACAUGACAUUGGUGUUUUUCACAUGUGUAUUCAGAAUUUGUCAAUUGACUACAGACUGUGAUCAGGCAAAAUGUAAGCCAGACAAUGGUGUGCAGAAAGUAACGACAAGAGAUAUGCGUGAAGAAGAUAAAAUAAUGUCGUAUUUUGAUUCAAACACAAAAAUCAAUUCAGGGACCAGCGAAGCAAAUCAGAUGUUCAAAGGUGAUGGUUAUUUCUUUCGAGUGAAAGCAGAUGCUCAUAUUGAAGUCACUGAAAAACGUUAUAAAAAGACAGAAAAUACCAAAAACAGUGAAAUGAACUCAAACUACCCAAUACCAAACCAUCAGUCAGACUUUCAGUCUACCUCAUCACUUGCAUCAACUCACGAUCGGCCAUUAUGUAAUUAUGCUUUAUGCCUGACAACAAUUCAUUUAACCUGGAUAUUAUUCAGCUUAUUUGUAUUACUUACAUUAUUUUGCAUAACAUUACUCCUUAUCUAUCGUAAGUAUAGACUGUUUAUAAAUAAGAAAACAUUUGAUAAACUCUGUAAGCAACAACACAACCUGCCUACAAUGCAGCCAUCAUCAGUUUUAGCAAAAGUUGUUACAGUGAGCAUUCAAGCCCAUCAAGAGCUAACUUUAAAUUCCACAAUAAUGAGUCCUGAUAAUCUGGAUUUGAAAUCAUCUUUUCAAUUGAAUACUCUAACUCAUCCAUCUGUUUCUUCGUCCACGUCACCUCAAUCUUCAUCUUCACUUCUCUUAACAUCAACCGUUCUAACAACCGGAUCUUUUAACCCAUUGGAUUCAAAGAAUAACUCUUUUGAUCCCACUCCCUCUACAAUCAGUAACAUGACACUAGUUUUGAAAAACCCAAAUUUACUGAAACAAGAAAAUUUGCCAUGGGAUAGCACAGAUUUAUUUUGUCGAAAGUCAUCACCUAUUAAGCUAAAUGAGUCCAAUGCCUUAAUGGUGACACCAGGAAUACAGACAACAGCGGCACAUAGUUGUUAUUGUCAUAGUCUUAAUCUUUGGCAUCGUCCACAUCUUCAGCAUCACUAUGCUAAUGAUGACUGUUUGAAAACAACACCAUCAGAUGACUGUUUAAUUCAUUCAUCUCAUAUUCUGAGAGAUGAUUUAUUAAAAAAGCCGAACUAUAUUGGUGAACAAACUAAGCAGCACCUACAGGAAACGGAUAUGAUCGAUUUAUUUCCUAGUACAACUGUGUCGCAUAAUCUCAGUAACAAUACAUUUUUAUGUAUACAGAAUAUUCAAUCAAAAGCGUUAGGUGGGGGAAGUAAAGAAGGAAAGAAUACAAGAUCAAUUAUACCCACUGUCACAUGUUCAAUAUCAACAGUACAUGCAGCUCCUCAAUUUUAUACAUUCCAUAAAACUCAAUCUGUUUGCAAGUCAUUUGAUGCCACCAGUCGAUCAUCAGAACUGACAACACUAAAAAGAAGGCAUAGACUACCCGAAAAUUAUUUUAAAAAUGACAGCCCCUCUGGAACAUAUUUAUCUCCUGAACAACAUCAUCAAAUUCAUUGUUCAGGUGCAAUGGUUAUUUCUAAUAAUAAACCACAGACGUCUAUAAAUGAUGCUUUUUCAUUGUGA